AUGCUACAUGCUCUGCAUACGCAAAAGCUUCGUACGGGGCGUCAAAAACUUCUGCGUGGCACUCGGGAUAUAGCUACCUUUUUGAUUGCCAUCUGUGAGCGUGGCGCACUGUUUACGCGUUGGACUGGAAACCUCGCGGGUCUCUCCUCCUCCCCCUUCGAACCCCAUUUGCGUGGUCCCUCCACGUUUCCCAUUUGUCUUAAAGAACAGCAGCAACCACCGGUUCAUCCAGUGGCUAAAGACUGUAGCGCAAUUGCGCGGCGGAUCCGCGCGCACCAUCGGUGGGACGCUCGUACAGAUGCGGGGGAGGCAUUGAGCCCGACGUCGGUCAGCCUCCCCCUGUCCCCCCACCCCUCCCCUCCCCCCUCUCACCCCAUCCCACCGGCCCUCGUGCGUAAAAGGGUCACCAUGAAGAAGAACCGCAGCGGGACCGUGCGGCAGGCCUGGCCAAGCUCGGAACCGCUGGAGCACAGUCUGUCCCACACGGAGAAAGACAUCCGAGUGCAGAAGCAGCACCUUCCUCCCCCUCCUGCCCCCCACUUCUCCUCGUCCCCGCCAAGCUAUCGCGCACCAGGUGACGUGUCUCCCAUCACCAUGUCACCUAUCAGCCAGUCACAGUUCAUCCCGCUGGGGGAGAUCUUGUGUCUGGCCAUCUCUGCCAUGAAUUCUGCCCACAAGCCGGUGAACCAGGAGGCUCUGGUGGAGCACCUCACUGCCAGCUUUCCAGGCGUGCCUACACCUAGCUCGGAAGUUCUGCGACACACUUUGAACAUGCUGGUGCGAGAACGUAAAAUCUACCCAACUCCAGAGGGCUACUUCAUUGUCACCCCCCAGACCUAUUUCAUCACCCCUUCCCUCAUCCGGAGCAACAACAAGUGGUAUCACCUGGACGACCGGCUCCCAGAGCGCCAACAGCAGCAGCCGGCACAGUCAUGCACCUCCCCUCCCACCUCCACUCCCACCCCAGGCUGCCUACGGGAGAGAGCGGCCCGUAAACCUCACAAUGAAUCCUACGCUUUUCGUGACGACCCAACACGACUGCACCCUUCUGCCCUCCAAAGCAGGUCACCCAAAGAGCACAGGGUGGACACUUAUCAGAGUAAGGCCAGCAAAGAUCCCAAUGGAGAUCCUCCACCUGGCACGUCCACCAAGGAGCACAGAGGAGACCCCCCAUCAUACCCCUAUCCCCCUCCCGCCACAUCACCUCCAAUCCAGCAUCCAGCGCCUGCAUUAGACCCCGCCGACAAAAGCAAAAGUCUACCAUCUUUCCCCUGCAAAACUGACACCCUUACCAAAAAGAAAGAGGGAAGUAGUGGAGGUGGAACUGCAGAGAAGCAAUCCAAACGCUUUGGACUCAGACUCUUUAGAUUGAGUUUUAAGAAGGAUAAAUUGAGACAAUUAGCAACUUUCUCAGCUCAGUUUCCCCCAGAGGAGUGGCCUCUUCAUGACGAAGAAGUUCCAACAACACCAAUUCCCCGUGAAGUGGAGAUGGAAAUCAUCCGGAGAAUAAACCCUGACCUAACAGUAGAGAAUGUGGCUCGGCACACAGCUGUCAUGAAAAGGUUAGAAGAAGAGCGAGCUCAGAAGAACAAGGCUGGCUCUGCUCAGCACAGUGCCCGCAGUCGCAGAGGCCGGGGCCACAGGAGGGCGCCGCAUGGAAAGACUCGCUCACACAGUAAACCACGCACCUCCAGAGGAGACCAUUCAGAGUGUUCAAACUGGGACCUAGUAUUCAUGGAAAGAGACUAUCGCUUUUUCAGCCACUCGCUUGUCCGCUCGCCUCGGGAGGCCAUGUACACCGUAGAGCGCAGGCGAAGUGGGGGGAACACGUACCUGGUCCACAGCAAUCCCAAUAUCACAGAAUCAUACUGCCCAGUUGCUCCUGAAUGGGAUGUGUCUGGGGAACUUGCCAAGAGACGCACUGAGAUGCCAUUUCCUGAGCCUUCUCGUGGGACCUGCCAAUCCAGAGUGCAGAGGAGUCACAGUCACAAUCAGGACCGAAAGUCCCGCCAUGACAGGUCUGAUCAGGCGAAGGAACGCUCCCGCUCCAUGGACAACUCUCUCAAAGGCCCUUCUCUAGGAGCUUCAGAGGUGUUUGACGCUCCACUGGAAGAGCGCAGUCACUAUUACACUGAUGACGGAACUCUUCGGGCCUCACAAAAGUCCUCCCACUUCUCAAGGAUCAUGUUCUCUGCUGCUAAGUUCCACUCUGACUUUAAUGUGCCUGAUUUAGGGAAGGGGACUUUAGAUGAAUCAAGGAUCCGGAGUACAAUAGAGAGGAACAAAAGCAAAGACAGUUUGCCUACGUACAAUGAGCUAAUGGGACUUUCUCCAAAGCCCUCAACAGAUGAGUACUUCCAGUGCAAUACAUCAAAUGAAACAAUCUUAACUGCCCCUUCGCCUCAGGCUAAAUCAGAAUAUGACACAUUAACCUCAUCAGGGGGACUCCGAAAGGGCUCUCCAGCUGACCGCCAGACCCCUCACCUCACCUCUCCUCACACGAUGGAGUACAAAGAGGAUUUGGCAGCAGCAAAAGGACAGUGCGGCUCUGUCCGUCUGACGCCAAGCCAAACGCCAGAGCCGGCGCAAAAUGCACGUUUGACUCCACACCAACACAAUGUGGACCCUGGAGGGGGAGGAGGGGGGUUGUUGAUCAAGAGGAAAGAGAUCUUCAGCAAGGACACUUUGUUCAAACCUCCACACAAUGCCUUGUCCACAGGCUUCGUGGACAGCAGCUACACCAAGUCUGGCACAUUGCGGAAAGCCUCACAUGCCAAAUCAACAGAGGCCCUUGACAAUCCUGAGCCCCAGCAGCCUUCCAAUUCAGCCACUUCCGCAGCUUCACCUGCAGUUCUCCAGGGCUGCCUUGAGCCAACCGUCCCCUCAGCCUCCUUUGACUAUUAUAAUGUAUCAGACGAUGAGGAUGAAGAGGAGGCCGAAGAGGACUCGCACAAGGAGUUGGCCACGCCUGAGGACAGCAAAGAGCAUGGGGAGGGGGGUGUUACAGGUGGAGGUGGGGGAGGGGGCGGGGAGGGAACCAUGCAGUGGCUUUUGGAGCGAGAGAAGGAGCAUGACCUGCAGCGAAAACUGGAGACCAACCUAACGCUUCUUAGCCCCAAGGAAACGGACAACAGCAGCAGUCAGAAGUCAGCCCACUCAGCCCGCCUGGACAGCAUGGACAGCAGCAGUGUCACUGUGGACAGUGGCUUUAACUCCCCCAGGACACGCGAAAGCCUUGCAUCCAACACAUCCAGCAUAGUGGAGAGCAAUAGACGGCAGAACCCUGCCCUGAGCCCGGGCCACAUCGGCACCAGUGGCAUGGGGCUGCCCUUCAGCUUUCGCACCAUCCCAGAGCCCGCCACCACGCAGCCUGAGAAGCUCCAGAAGUCAUCCAACUGCCUAGCCUCCAUCACCAGCGUCUGA